UGCACGCCACGGCGACGGCCGGCAACAGCCCUGUGGAGGCUCCACUGAAAAUCAUUGCCCACCGUGGUGUCGACCACUAGUUGCAACUGCGAUUGCACUUCACUUCACACUUCUGAGGUUCCGUUGCAUGCAAACACCUUGAGCAUGCACACAAAGACCUAACAGGAUCGUACCUCGACAAGAAUUGCAGCUUGCCGGGGCGGGCACCAGAAUGGUUGUGCGAUAGCGCACAAUGACAUUGAGCAGAUCUGUGAAUUUUCUGCUUGCCAUGCCAGCAUCGUCACUGCGAUGAGCAUGCAGUCAACCACCCGAGAGAUCACAGCCACUGGACCUGCAGAAGAGCGUACCUGUCGAUCUCUUGCACAUCUGCCAGACCAGUCUAGCGCGUUGCCUCGACGUCCCUCUCUCGGUCGACAACACGUCCUGGCUUGAGAGAAUGCCUGCACUAGUCCGCUCAAGCUCGUUCGUCACCCCUGACAUCGACUUCACACUACGACAGCAGUUCAAGAAGACUUCCUUCCGGCCGAAUCAGCGCGAAAUCAUUUGCGCCGCCCUCGAUGGCAAGGAUGUCUUCGUACAGGCUGCCACGUCGUUUGGCAAGAGCCUCUGCUUCCAACUGCCAGCCGUGGUGGACCCAGGCAUCACCAUCGUCAUCUCUCCACUGCUCAGCCUCAUGAUGAACCAGGUGGAAGCAUUGCGAGCUGCUGAUAUCGACGCCAGCUCCCUCAACAGCAACACGCCGCAACACGAGCGGGAUCGGAUCCUGGGUGACCUCAAGACUGGCCACCCGCGGACGAGACUGCUCUAUGUCACGCCAGAAUUAUGUGCACAGGAGCAUUUCCGUGGCCGUCUCAAAAUAGUGCACGAGCAGCGGGAACUCGCACGGAUUGCCAUUGACGAGGCUCACUGCAUUUCUGAAUGGGGCCACGACUUCCGCAAAGACUUCAAGAAGCUAUCAUGGUUCAGGCAGUCCUUCCCGGAUGUGCCCAUCAUGUGCCUCACGGCGACUGCGAACAGCCAAGUGAGAAACGACGUGCUCGCCACACUUGGACUCGAUGCAGACGGCGACAGGCUCAGGAGCUUCACCAUGACCGCCCACAGGCCCAACCUGCACUUUGAAAUACGGUUCACGAGGGACGAAGAGGAGGACAUGCGAAUCGACAACUUCAUCAAGUGGAUUCGCGGGGUGUAUGCGCGCAGAGGCGGGGAAACGCGAAAAACUGAGCUCGAGGCUGCAGGCGAGAGGGUGGACAACGUGCCAGGCAUCAUCUAUACCAUAUCCCGCGACGAGUGCGAGAAUCUCGCGAGCGCCCUCCGCCAGGAAGGUAUCGGCGCGCAGCCGUUUCACGCAAAGCUGUCCAAGGACGCCAAGGAACAGACGCUCGCGAGGUGGGUGAACAACGAACCCGGCUACGAUAUCAUCGUCGCCACGACCGCGUUCGGCAUGGGCAUCGACAAGGACAACGUGCGCUUCGUAUGCCACUGGCGCCUCCCCAAGUCGUUUGAAGGGUACUACCAGGAAGCCGGGCGCGCGGGACGGGACGGCAACGCGGCGUACUGCUUCUUGUACUACUCUCGCGAGGACCGGGACCGCGUGAGCAGUAUGGUGAUGCGGGACCGUGCGGUGGCCGGGUCGAAUUUCCAGGCGCGCGCGCGCAGCUUGCAGGCCCUCGCGCAGUACUGCGAGAGCACAUCAGCCUGUCGGCAUCGCAUGAUAUGUCAGUAUUUCGGAGAGACCGAGGUCCCGGCGUGCGACUAUGCUUGUGACUGGCACAAGGACAGUGACGACCUGCACACAAGGAUAAGCAAAGGUCUCGCGAGCGAGGACUGGGUGAGCACACAACGAGAGGAGGGCCAUUAUGAUGUGUACUGGGAUGAUUGAUUUGGUCCACUGUUGCGUCCUUAUACAUUGUGGCAGUAGUCGCAUCGAAAGGCAAUGCCUCACAUAGGAAUAACUGUCCACAGAUGUCGUUACGGAUCGAAGAAUGAAUUAGAUCAACAAUCCAAGCAUGUCCACACGGGGGG